UGCAAGCAACUAAACAGUACAUAUUUAUUCUACAAACAUUCGCCCAGUAAACGUUUUCUAAAAAUGGGUACAUUUGCUGGACAUGUGUUCCCUGGGAGCGUUUUCAUCUUUUUUGGUUUAUGGCCCAGAGAAUCAAUUCCAUUAUUUAUCAAUAGAAUAUCAUUUCCAAUUGUGAGAAAAACUUCCAAUAAGCACAACUGCUGUAUAAAAGUUAUACCACUUGAUUCAGUCUUAAAAAUCUUAUGUUGCAUAAUUGUAUUGUGCGAAGAAGUUCAGUUAGGCUUUAAAAAAGACUGGACGAAUGUGGAUCCCCAUAGUGCACAACAUGUCAGUAUGAUCUCUUUAUUUGGAGUAAGUGGCGUUGCUGAAGUAUGCAUACUUUAUGGGGUAUUGAAAAUUCCAGUGUAA